AUGACACCCUCAGGAGACCUCCACUUCUUCUCUGGUCAGCAGCUCCAAGUGGCUUGUGAAGUGAUUCUGGAUAUGUCAGGAGAGGAAGUGAGCCCAGACAUUGUUUUCAUGGAGACAGAAGAUUCUCCAUCAGUGGAUGAAGAUCAGUGGUCCAUGUUGGAGCCCAGUCCAGAUUCUAGCCAGAACUCUUCAGAGUCGGACCAGGACGAGCCAGUGUCUCAGGAAGACUUGUUUUCUGCAUCUGAAUAUGUGGAGGACAUUUACUGGAAUUUGAGGGCCACAGAGGAGCGGUUCAGACCAAAGCCAGGCUACAUGGACCAUCACCCACAGACCUUGGAGAACAUCAGGCCCUUCACAGUGGACUGGCUGACCCGAAUCACCACAGACCUCGGGCUCGACACAGAGACUCUGCAUCUGACCAUCAACUACUUGGACCGGAUCUUCUCCAAAUCCAGAUCAGUGAAACUACAGGACCUGACUCUGAUCGGGACGACUGCUCUGUUCAUUGCUACGUAA